AUGAGGUUAAAUACGCAAGCCGGCAUUUUUCUCACUAUGGCGGUGAUCGAGGAAGAAUCCGGGGGUGAAAGCGACUCCAGAUCACGGCUAGGGAUGGCAGCGGCUGAGCAGUCGGGAUACUGCUCUGAUGGCUACGAGACUGCCAGCGAUACCGAGCUAAAUGACUCCACUUCAAAUAAAGAUAAUGGCUUUGGCAAUCAUAAUGAUGCAAGCAGUGGUAGAAUUGACGGCGAUGAGGUCAGUCGCGAGGUCAACGAAAGAGUGUGUCAAGAGAAGGUUGAAUCCAUCGAGGCUGAAGCCAAUGAGGUGAAGACAAGCUUUUCGUUCCUUUUCCCUUCAAAUGUCGUGCUGCGUGUUUGCUUUGAUUCAUAA